UUGCUACCGAAAAUGGCAAGUCUCCUGACAAGGUACAAAGAAAUUCUCAUUACUUGCCAGGCUUGUAUUAGACACAUCAACAACAAGGCAACAUGUUCAAAAAUAAAACGCAGAUAUUAUGAACGUCUUUAUCCAACCAUUCUUGUUCUUCCAAAUGGUGCUACAAUAAAUAUCAGGUACCACAAGCCUAGACAAAUCAUUAAGCUACCUAUAGAUAUUACAAAACUUUCACCUGAAGAGCAGCUUGCCCUAAAGCAAAGACGGAAACCAAAAACAGAAAUCAAAGUGGAAAAAGCAAUUGAAGAUAAUUACGACAGACGGAAGUACCUUCAGUACAUGAACAGACCAAAAUAGAUCAUAGAAGUUUAUUUAUAAAGCACUGUAUGAAGUCAAAACAAGCUUCUUAUACAUGUAUAUUGAUUACAAAGAAACUGUAAUGAAUAUUAAAUAUAGAUUUAAUUUGUAACAUUUUGUGGCCCUUGAUAUUAAAUUUAUAACCAUUUACACUGCUUUGUAAAAGAGAAUUCAGCAGUAAACAUUUGGAGGAUUUUA